AGCGUUAUUAUGAUGAUAUAGAAAACAAAACUAUGCAUAAAAUAAUGUUUUGUUUCUUAUCCGUGUUGGGUGUAGUGGUUGAUGGUUUUACUCACAAGGAAUACAAUCAAUACUUAAUUUCACGUCAGCUAAAUGGAUUUAAGUCUCUUGAAAUCGUUGGCGGUGACGAGGUGGAUAUUAAACAGCAUCCGUAUCAAGUGUCAUUGUAUUAUUCCAAUGAGUUCUCCUGUGGAGGAUCAAUUGUCAGCGAAAGUUAUGUAUUGACGGCCGGACAUUGUGUGCUCCCUUACCCAACAUACAAGUUUAAUUUUAACCCAAAAGACUAUCAUAUAAGAGUUGGAAGUUCAUACAUGGACGGUCGUGGAGGAAAAAAAUAUAAUAUUAAUGCAAUAACCGUCCAUCCAGAGUACUGCAAAUUGUGCGAUUUCGAUUAUGACAUAGCCGUUAUGAAAUUAUCAACAAAAAUUGCACUCAACGGAAUCACAGUAAAAACAGUUCAGUUGCCGGAAUCGGGGAAGUUCUUAAAAUCGGGAGAAAAUAUUGUGGUGACCGGAUGGGGGGAUACGACAAUAAAAUUGGAUGAUUGUUCAGAUGUUUUAAGAGCUGUGACUGUACCUGUGCAAUCUCUAGAACAUUGCGUCAAACAAUUAACUAUGUUCACCAUAACAGAUCGGAUGCUGUGCGCCGGCUUCGAUGAAGGUGGCAAGGAUGCCUGUCAGGGUGAUUCUGGUGGGCCAGCUGUAGCAGAGUCAAGUUCGGUACAAUACGGGAUUGUGUCAUUCGGAUUGGGUUGUGCGAGACCAAACAAACCUGGGGUUUAUACUAACAUUGCUGCUCCGCCUAUAAGAGACUGGAUUAAAAACCUUACUGGAAUAUAAUUAAACUAAUUUAUAUAA